AUGGUGGAUGCACUUUUUGGGAGUGUUAAGGCCCUACGUACCAAGAACCAGACUCUAGAGGUGGAGAAUAGUGAACUGAGUUAUUUGCUUGAUGAAGCACAGGCCAAGAUUGCCCAACUGGUGACGAAGAAUGAGAAGGCUACUGUACUUGCCAGGGAUCAGGAAGCCAAGAUUGCUGAACUGGUGAAGGAAAAGGAGAAGGCUAGUGUUCUUGCCAAGGAUCAGGAGGCCAAGGAGGUGCAGGGCAAGCUGGUGUUUAGUAAAGUUGGCAAGGCCUGUUGUCGUGCAAUGAUUUUUCUUGUCAUGUGUUUGGCACUUCUGGUGGCCAUGUUUAGUAAAGGUCCUGAGACCAUGAAACCACAGCUGCUGUGA